AUGGGAUUUCUUGCGCCGGUGAAAAACCUCGGCGGGGCAACUGAAGCGAAGGCAGUCCGAAGUGAAGCAAAGAACUGGCGGGAGAAGAGGAAGGGCGAGCAAGAAGCAACGAGCAGAGAAACCAGCAGGCGGGCAAAUCCCACAACAGCGGCUCCUCGUCUUCACGCCUCGUGGCUUCACCUGCUCCCGAAGCCCCUCGGCUGGCCUCUGGCGCUCCUCUUGUUUCUCGGAGGCUGCCUCAGCCAGCUCUCCCCCCACGCGGGUCCCAGUCGCUCGGGCGCCAGAAGCAAAAACUGGUGUGCCUACAUAGUGAGCAAGAAUGUGAGCUGCUCUGUGCUGGAUGGCACUGAAAGUUUUGUUCAAGUUCAGUAUGUAUGUCUUUGGAACCAAGAACCCUGCCUACAUUCUCCUGUGUAUCGAACAAGUUUGAGACCUAAAUAUACUUUAACAUACAAGAUGGUAACCGAAUUGGAGUGGAGAUGCUGUCCUGGAUACAUGGGUGUAGAUUGCAAAGAGGGUGUAACAGAAAAACGAAGACCGAUAGUUUACCCAGCGGAACUUCCAUCAAACGACAUGAAGCCGAGCUUGGAUUCUAGACCAAAGCAAGACUCACAAGAUAAAAAAAUACAGUUUCUGGAGGAUGAAUUAUUCCGUCUUACACAGACUGUGCUAGAACUUCAGUCCUCUAUAAUCAAUAUGAAUAAAAAUCCAAAAGUUACUGUGCAGGAAGAUGCAAGUCAGAGAGUAAUAUCAUGGUUGAACAACCUUCAUGACCAUCCAGGGUUGGACAGUACUUUGGAGGGCGAAACAGAAAAUACUUACGUGCCCCAAACUAAUGACUCAUACAAAUCUGAAACAGGAAGCCUAACAUCUGAAGAAGAUGAAAUAAAGGAUAGCUUGAAGGCCAAAAUUAAUAGGUUGGAAGAACUGAAUGGGAAAGUAAAUCACUAUGAAGGGCAACUAAAACAGCUCCAAGAAGCAGCCCAAGGGCCAACAGUAACAAUGCCCAGCAGUCAGUUAUAUCAGGCAUACAUAGAUGCUAAAUUUGAAGCCUUGAGACAAGAAAUGUUGGAAGGAUUUGAGAAGAAAAUGGCAGAUCUGAAAAAUUCUUGUGAAUACAAGCUGAUAGAUAUUCAACAACACUGUGAUGACCAUGAAGCCAAUUUCUUAGGACUAAGAAAAUCUGUUGCAGAAAAAGAAAAUGACCUGAGGAAACAAAUUCAAAAUCUACAGAAUGUUAUCGAAGCACCAUUAAAUCAAUCAUAUUGUUGCAAUGAUGCUAAAAGUGAUGACAUUAAACAACAGAUGAAAACUUUGGAUAAAAAGAUAGAGAAGAUUGCAGAAGCAAAUAAAAUUUUAAAUGCCAGGAUAGAUAAUGAAAUAAAGCAUAUUUCCACUCCAUAUUCAGAUGACAACUUUGAUGAAAAAUGGGAGGAAUUAGAAGCAAGGAUUAAUGUUACAGAGAAAAAUGCUGAAGAACAUUGCUUUUACAUUGAGGAAACUCUUCGUAGUGUUAUAGCUACUAAAGUAGAUGAAGUAAGAGACUUAUUUGACAAAAAGCUCCAAGCAGUAGAAAACAGACUAGGUUCUACUAUUCUAGAUAUUGCUAAUGUUACCAAUCCCGAUGAGAUAUAUACUAGUCAAGGAUCAAGAUUGCAGAAUAACUCCGAAUCUGGAAAUAAGCACCUUGUAUUGGAGAUUAAUCUUAUGAAGAACAAAUUACGAUACACUGAAAAUGUUUGCCAGUCUGUAUCACAGUAUUUGGACAGUCUUCAGAAAGGCAUAGAAAACACUAACAGUAAAUAUGAUCAGUUAUUUUUGAAAACAAAAGACAAUUUUGAUAUUUUAAAAUCUUUCAAUAGCUCUCUAAGUGAAAAGUUCAAUUUAAUUAAAGGCACCCAACGUGACAUUCGUAAACUUCAUAAGGAUCUGCGAAUAGUUCGUUUUGGUCUGAACACUAUUGAUAAAGAUGUAAAACUCCUUCAGAGUGGUUUAAACAGCUGUAAAGAAGAACUUUUAGGUAUCAAUUCUACAUGUGGGAAUACACAGCUUGAGUUACCCAGAAAAACAGAUGAAAUACAGAAAACAAUGGACAAUCAAACAAUUCACCAAAGCAAUAAUUGUUGUAAUUACUUGGAGAAAAAGAUGAAUCAGCUAAAUGGGGAAGGAUUUUUUAACUUGACCAAAUGCAAAAAUAAAUUACCUGGCAUCUCGGACUUGGAGGAUAAAGUAUUGAAUGUUGAGAAAACCUGCAAUAAAUUAGAUUCUGUCACUAACAGCCUUCAAAGGAUAAAGGAGGGCUUAAAUAGACACAUCUCCAGUCUUUGGAACUGUUUCACUCAGAUGAACAGAACGGUAAUAUCUCAUUCAAAAGAUAUUUUUGGCCUCAAAAGUUUUGCCCAGCAGUUCAAUAGCCAAUUCCGCAAAUUUGCCAUUGAUCUUCAAGAGCUAAAGAAAACUCAGCCUCCUAUAUAUGAAAAACCAUCUGUGUUGCUACCAAAGGAAACACAAGAAAGAACUCCUCAGCCACAAUCAGAUCCAAGAAAACCAUUACAGUCAUCUCAGCCAGGCAAGUUUCCAGCACCAUCACAACCAAGGACUUCCGUACAGUCACAAACAGAGGUGUAUCUGCAACCAUCACAACCCCAAAUACCAGUACAAAUUCCAGAACUAAGAAUACCUCUGCAGCCAUCACGUCCACAAGUAAUUAUACAGCCACCAUUGCAAGGAAUACCUCUUCAGCCAUCAGAUGCCAGAAUUGCAAUGCAGCCAUCAAAACCAGGAUUAUCUUCUUUGCCUGGAUCAAGUGGGUUAUUGAUGGAAGCUGGACAGGCAGGCCCUCCUGGUACGCUUCUAAUGUCAGGAAGAGGACGACCAAAAAGAAUAGAUGGGCAGGAUGGCCAGAAUAACAUGCUUAUAUCUGAAGGAUACGCAGGAGCACCAGGUUAUCCAAAACCACCAAGACCUCCAUCUCCACAAGUAGGAGCUAUUACUUCUUUGGUAUCUUUCUCUGCUGGCCUCACAAGGAAGCCUUUCCCUAAAGAUGUGGGUGUGAUACGUUUUAACAAAGUCCUUGUAAAUGAUGGAAAUUAUUAUAACCCUAACACAGAUGUAGAGAAAUCGAGUACCUUACCCAUUAAUGGUUACAUUCUUAAGACAUAUAGAGAACUGAAUGAGAUUCUCAGUUGUUGCAUCUAA